AUGGGUUGGCCAGUAUGUAAUACCACGUUGGAGGAUAUGACAAUUAGCGAAGAUCCUCUCUGGGACGACUACACUUUCCAUCAGCUUGGGGAAUGGAUCGGCGGUGGCUUCACCAUCAUCGCCAUCCUGGUCUCCUUCUUCUUGAUCUUCAUGCACGCGACACAUUAUCUCAAACCGUGGGAGCAAAGACACAUUAUCCGUAUUCUGUUCAUGGUCCCAGUUUACGCCGCCGUGUCUUUCCUGUCAUAUUACUUCUACAACCACAGCGUGUAUUUCGAAGUCAUUCGCGACUGUUACGAGGCAUUCGCGAUCGCUUCUUUCUUCAGCCUACUCUGCGCAUACGUCGCUCCGGAUCUGCACCAGCAAAAGGUCUACUUCCGCACCAUCACCCCGAAGAAAUGGGUGUGGCCCAUGAAAUACCUCCAGAAAUGUACCGGCGGAGCGGAGAAUGGUUGGUUACGGACCCCUAGAAGCGGUCUAACCUGGUUCAAUGUCAUUUGGGUCUCCAUUUUCCAGUACUGUUUCAUCCGGGUCUUCUUUACCAUUGUGGCCGUCAUCACCCAGGCCAUGGACAGAUACUGUCUGGAGUCUCUAAACCCCGCCUUUUCACAUAUCUGGGUUAUGGUGUUCGAGUCCGUGGCAGUCACUGUCGCCAUGUACUGCCUGAUCCAGUUCUACGUGCAGAUCAAAAACGACAUCCGACAACACAAACCGUUGAUCAAAGUCCUCGCCAUCAAACUCGUCAUCUUUCUCAGCUUCUGGCAGACCAUCUGCAUCUCGUUUCUCACUAGUGCCGGCGCCAUCAAAGCGACCAAGCAUGUCCAGGCGCCGGAUAUCAAAGUCGGCAUUCCGGCUCUGUUAUUGUGCAUUGAAAUGGCCAUUUUUGCCGUCUUCCACAUCUGGGCGUUCAGUUGGAAACCCUACACGUUGGGUUCGAAGGAGUACAUGGCCGAGACCAUCGCAGGUGAAGGCGAGCGCGCAUACAAGGGCGGCUUUUUGGGGAUCAAGGCCAUCUUUGACGCGUUCAAUGGUUGGGACAUGUUGAAGGCCACCGGCCGUGCAGCGAGGUGGCUAUUCCAGGGACGCAAGCACCGGCACAUGGAUCCGAGUUAUGACCUUACCAGAAAGAAUACUCAAGGGAGUGCUAGUACUGACAACUUGGACGCCGAGGGUCAGAAAUUGGGGUCGUCAAGUUCCAUGUUCAACACUCCUACUGCUUACAAUGGUGGCAUGAGCAGUGGCGGUGUUGGCGUUGGCGGUAAUGGUGUCCCAGCUCGACCUCCUCGUUAUUCUGCUGCCACUAUUAAUGCGGGUGGUGUUGACGGAGGAACAGAGGGCGGAGAAGGCGACAAUCUACUGGCCAACAGUCAGGGAAUGCCUAUGUCCCGCCCGCCCGUGGCCAGGAUGGACAGUGACUUGAGUGACGAGUUCAGCAACCGGCCGCGUCAUGAUUAUUACGAGACCAGCGACAUCGGGCUCGCGACAUCGACUCUCGACGAAGCGGCGAUGUAUCCGUCGCGCCAACCGCACUAUCAGCAGCCGCAUCCACAGCAGCAGCGGCAAUACCCACCUUAUCUUCAUCCUUCCUCGAACCAACAAUACCCUCCACAAAUGCAUCAAUACUAUCAACCUCAAUAUCAACAACAACAAUACCAAUCACAACCAGGAAUGAGCGGCGUCCAAGACACCGGCGUUGGCUCUUCCGCUCCAUAUCCUGAUUCUCGACCACGCCCGUCCGGCCAGCAGCCCAGUCGCGGAUAUGACAAUAACGGCAAUAACAACAGGAUAUCGAUGCCGUACAUGCCGCCGCCGAGAAGUCCUGAUCCUCACAACAGGAGUGAGAACUCACGAGGUCUGGGCAAUGGAAAUGGAAAUGGCGACAAUGAUGACAAUUUCUUGUAG